AUGGAUCCGCAUGUAGCGAAAUGCAGCAAAGAAGAAAAGGAUUAUGUUGAACACUCAUUACUGCAGAAGAAGGGCGAAACACAAUUGAAGAUCAAAGCGUAUAAGCGAAGAUGGACUAUCCUAAUUAUAUUCUUCAUAUACUCAGCGAUAAGCUCGCUUCAAUGGAUAGAGUAUUCAAGCAUAACCCAUCUAGUAGUAAAAUAUUAUAAGGUCAGCACGAUAGCUGUAGACUGGACCUCAAUAGUGUAUAUGGCUGUGAAUCCAUUUCUCGUCAUACCUGCCUCCUAUAUUAUAGACAAAAAGGGCCUUCGAACAGCAGGCUUGAUCGGAUGUAUUGGUACAGCCAUAGGAACAGGAAUAAAAGUGUUUUCAGUGCGAAAUGACCUGUUUGUUGUAGUUCUUAUAGGUCAAACUAUUAUAUCAAUGUCUCAAGUCACAAUAAUAUGUUUGCCUCCAAAAAUUGCUGCAGUGUGGUUUAAGUCAAAUGAGGUAUCCACAGCUUGUUCUAUUGGUGCGAUCGGUAUGCAGAUAGGCUGUGCUAUAGGAUAUAUUUUGCCACCAUCUAUUGUAAAAGAUUCUGUUAAUUUGGAGGAUAUUGGAGCAGGAUUAUAUUUGCUGUGCUGGAUUUUAGCAGGGUCGACGAUACCUGUGACAGUUGCGGUAUUAUUCUACUUUUCAGCUGAACCUCCACUACCACCGAGCAAUGCACAAGCUAAUUUACGACAAAAUAAAGAAGAAUUCAGUACAAAGGCGUUUUUUCUUUCUAUAAAAAAAUUGUUUCAAAAUAAACCGUUUGUCAUACAUAUGGUAGCCUACGGGAUUAACAUAGCUGUUUUUUCUGCAGUUGGUACUCUCUGGACUCAGUUUGUUCUCCAAUACUUCGAGGGUGCUAGUGAAGAUGCAGGGAGGAUGGGUUUUAUAAUGGUAAUUGUUGGAGCGCUAAGCUCGAUUGUGUUUGGCAUACUACUGGAUAAGACUCGUAAAUAUAAAGAAAUUACUUUCCUUAAUUACCUUGGAUCUGCAAUCAGUAUUUACAUGCUUAUGUAUGCCCUUGAAUGGAAAUCUAUGCUGCUAAUGUACAUAUCCACUGUUAUUGUAGGUGUCUUCACCAGUGCCUACAUGCCAGUUGGUUUCGAGUUUGCCAUGGAACUAACUUUUCCAUCAGAAGAGAGCACCACAACUGGAAUACUCAUAGCUAUGACUCAAGUACUGGGUGCUAUAUUCACAGUUGCUGUCGGUUAUUUGAAUUUGUGGGUUGGUUGCUAUUGGUCUCUGUUCAGUCAGGGAGCUCUUCUGAUCCUGGGAACCGUGUUUACAGGAUGUGUUCCAAAUAAACUGCUGCAGCAAGAAGCUUUCAAGCAGAAUUUGAUUGAAAGAAAAGUUUCUCAUCAUGGAUCCCAUUUGAUUUUCAUUGAGUGAAUGUUAAAUACACUUUUUAUGGUUCUUUUUAGAUUUUUUUAUAUUUGAUCUUUGUGUAAUUGCUAUUUGGAGGGAUCUUCUAAAAAUAAUAGUCACAGAAUGGAAGUAAUUCAGUAUAAUAUAUGGAAAAUUAUAUUUAAAAAAUCCAUUUUAUGCUCAUGUCAAAAUUUAUGUCGGGCAAACGAUAUAUGUAUAUUAAGAACAUAAAGUAUUUUAUAGAUGCACAAAAAUAAUAAAUCCAAACUGUUCUUAGUCAAUUUAAUACCAGAUUUACUUUACAUAAAAAAAUUGAAAUACCUGUUUGAAAAAAACUUAUUUUCAAAAAUGUUUGUCCCGUCUUGGUAUAAAAUUCUGUAAUAUGCUUCCGCAAUGCGUUUAAAAGCAAUACUAGAAACUUUGUAAUUAAUGAUAUAAAAAAAUGCUUAUUACUUUUUUCAUCGAUGUGUAUAAUUAGCUUUGUAAAUUACAGUUUUAGCUCUAUUAGUUGGAUCUUUACAAACAAACCACUUG